AACGAGUGAGCAUAUCAAUGUACAUGCGAGUAAACGAAGUAAAACAGCUGAGCAACAGCGUAGAGAAUUCGUAAAACAGUUUAAAACUAAACUGCCUUGAGGCCAAGUCCAACAGUUAUUAACGAAACUCUAAUGAGGAAAGUGCACGAUAGAAACGAGUCAAACAGGUUCAUUAGUUGAAAUAACGCUUGAUGUAAAUUGCUAAGUCCGACGUGUUUACCUGCCUGCUGUCUGUCUCAAACUCUUAAUCACAAUACUUAAGUGCCAAACUGUGAUAGAAACACAAUAAAAACACAAAGUUAGAAAGUAAAAACAAAAAGGCCAUAAAUAAUUAAAAACAUUAACACUUCAGAAUAUCGGAUUGAUAAUUAAAUUGAAAAGGCGUAGUGACAAAUAAACGCAACGAAAAUGUAUAUGAAACACGGGUGCACGUCGACGCCCUUACUGCUGUGGCUGACCGUCAUCACAUUCUCAGUGCUGUACAACAACAUUGCAUGCAUAGAAAUUCCAACACGUUUCCUAUACAAGCGCAGCGCUGAUGCGGAUAACACACCGGCGGCUGCCGAUGCAGGUGAGCGGGCGCGGACGGACGGCACAAGUGAUGAGAAUAUGUUAACCUUCUACAAAGAGCUGGCCAAUGUGACGGAUGUAGAGGACUUAAUAGAACGCUUCGUGGAUAAGGACAGCAUUGAUCCUCAGCUAGGCUUGCAAGACACCUUCAGACGCAGCGUGGAGCGCGCUAAUGUAGUACAAGCUAAGUCAGCUGCUUGCAUGCCCGAGAGCACCGUUGUGCCGCUCAUACCGCUGGAGUCCUCGAAUGAUCCAAAAAUCGACUAUUUUCCCAAGUGUACACGUGUGAAGCGCUGCGGCGGCUGCUGUGGCUCCCAACUGAUGUCGUGUCAACCUGCCGAGACGGAGACAAUCAACUUUGAGGUGAUUCCUUUUGAAGUGGUCGGCGGCAGAAAAAUGCGCCUUCGUGGCAAGGAUAUUGUCGUAGUUGAACAGCACACGAAAUGCAAAUGCGACUGUCGCAUUAAGGCGAAGGUAGGUAGUCGGGACUGCAAGCAAUAUCAGACAUACCGGCCGGACAAGUGCAGCUGUGAGUGUACAAAUGAGGAUGAUGAGUUGCAAUGUUCAAAGCAAGGACACAAAUACUGGGAUCAAACAGAAUGCCGUUGUGUCUGCCGCGACAGCCAGUCCUGUACGACCGGCACGAUAUUUGACGAUAGUCAAUGUGCCUGUAUCGAAAUCACUACGACAGACGAUGGCAGCAACGCUAAAAGUGCAACUUCUAAUUCACCGACACUGCUCGAUCGCCGGCGUUUCAUAGUCAAGGCCAUACCCGUUGAGGUGAAACCGGAUGACAGCACACGUUAUUCGGUCUAAAACCACAAAGAGAGAGGAAAACUAUGACAAUAAAGAAAAGAAAGAAAAAUGAAGAGGAAAUAAAUAAAGAAAUGAAAGGAAAUAAAGGAAGAAAAAUAGAAAUAGAGGAAAAAAAGCAAACAAAGAGAAGACAAAGAAGACGACAAAAAAAAGAAAAAAGAGUGGAUAAACAAAAACAAAAUUUGGCAGAAAGCAAUAAGUGCGAGGCAGUAGUAUGAAUUUAAUGUAUGUUUUAGUGUAAAUAAAAUAAAAAUAAUUUAAUUUUCAGUAUUCGUUAAUUGCAAGUUUUUUAGGCUUAAAAAAUACUAUACGCAUGUUUCUACCACCUACUUACAUUUGUUUUGUGCAUAUAUGUAUGUAUGUAAAUAUAAUUAGAUAUACAUUAUUGUGCAAGAUACAUAAGUAUAUACAACUGGUGACGUCACAAUUGUUCGAAACUUUAUUUUUGGAAGAAAUAUAAAUAAAUUAAUAUUUACUAAAUUUAAUAAUAUUACUAAAUACUUAAAGUUUAUUAAUUAAAAUUAUAAAUUUUUUAAAAUUAAUUUUCAAAAAUAUCUAAAAAUUUAAAUAUUUUCGAAUAUAUAAAUAAAAAAUAAAUAUAUUACAGUUAGAAGGCCGAAAAAAGCGAAUUUUCCGGAAUUUUUUUGAGAAAACUUUUAAAAUUAUUAAUCCAAAACACAAAUACACACAUUACGGUAUUUUUUAACUGUAUUUUAAGACUCAGUAUUAGUAAAAAUAAUUUUUUUUUUAAAGAACUACAGUCGAUCUUCGGAAGCUCCUCUCAAAAAAGACGUUUGCGGUGACCAAUAUAUCUAUGAACUGGAUUCUCUGAAAUAAAAAAAAGGGUUUCGUUAAAGUAAUGUUAAAUCUAAUAAAGUAAAUCAAGGGAAUAAGAAAAAUAAAAUUUUUUGACAAUGUGGCGGUUUCUCAAAAAAAAAAAUCGAUUUUUAACCAAAAUUUCGUCCAAAAAUUGUUUAUAAAAAAAUAAAAGAAAUAUUUAUCGGUGAGAAAAAAUCUUCAACCAAUUACUGAAAACUAUAUUUAAGAAGCUCGUGUUAAAAUUUGAGACUAAUAGAUUUAGUCGUUUUCGAGUAAUGUUGGUCACCGACUUUGAAAACACCAUUCAAGUUUGUUCUUGUACUUCCAAGCACACUGAAACACCUUUCGAAAAUAUUUACCGGAACGAUAUGAAAUUUUCUGUGUAUAUUAUUAAAUAUAUGUACAUAUAUUAAAAAAAAAAAUAAAAAAAAAAAAAAUUUUGAAAAUUCUAACUGUAUAUAAGCCAUUAAGCAGAAGAAACCGCCGUCUUGUGCAGUAAAAUAGUGUCAAAGCUGCAUAAGACCCUCCAAUAUGCUUCAGAAAUAGCUCAACGUAUUUCAUAUUCGGCAAAAAGCUAGUCUGAUGUCGAACAUGCGCUAAGCUAUCCACAAUUAAAAGCAUAAAUAUGAAUUCUUCACUAAAACCCAGUGUUAAGUUCUACCGCGCACUCCCUUUCUCUACAUACAAAGAAAAUUUUAUAUAAAAAAAUCAUU